AUGUGUUUCUGCCUGUUCGGAAGGCGUUUGCACCGAUUUACAAGCCAUUCGGAGCGACGGGCGCGCCGCGGUGAUUUGACGCCGAUUUGCGCCACAUUCGCGCAGGGGUGGUUUCCUGAUGCCAGUCGGAAGAGAAAGGCUCCGGCCGAAUCCGAAGCCGACGCCGACAGCGAGGUGGUCAUUCUGCCGACGCCGGUCAAGCCGAAGAAGACAAAGGACGUGCCGGCAGUACGCACCGGUCGUCCUGGACCACAGCCACACGAAGAUAGCCCAGCCAUCGCCGGCAAGACUUGGGACGAAAGGCGGCAGUGGAUCAGGCAGCUAACCGUGGACGACGGCGUUACGAAGCUCGUAGACAAUCUACACCACCUGGUGGCCGGAGACCGGAGCAUGGCAAUCGAAGACGAAGUGGGAUUGGGCGAGUUGGAAGUACCGCCGCGCAAGAAUCCGCACAAGCCUCACCGACACUCAGAUGGCCGGGAAGACGGCCUCAUGGUCACAUUGGCCAUUGCAAUGGUUGUAAAGGAUGUCGAGAAGAAAACCGAGCACCGGAGUGACGAGGAGGAGGAAAUCCCGCAGUACGUGCACAAAUCCCAACUGACAUACCGCUUUGUCGAGGAAUUGGGGGAACACUGCACCGAGAUCGCGGAUCUCUGGUCGGACAUGGCAUACUGCAUGCAGAAGAAGCGGAAGGCGGAUGGAGAGCCCCAGAAAUCAUCCGCCAUCGGUGCCCGGGCAAAACGGUCCAAGCCCAAUGUGUCUGCAUCGCCGGCGCCGGGAAAGCGGUCGGCAAAGAGCACGAAGGCGACCAGAUCGUCCACUCGCCGGCGUUAA